AUGAAGAUCAAGUAUCUUCUGGUUGUUAUGUGUUUCUGGAUUUGGUUUAUAUCUUUGGCUUUUACUACUUCUGAUGAUGGCUUGAUGAGAGUUACUCUAAAAAGGAGAAACUUGGACUCUGACAGUCUUGAUUCUGCAAGAAUCAAAGAGGCAAUUCAUCUCAGAGAUUUAAAGAGUGUUGAUAAAAAUUAUUCCCAAAAAGAUUUUGUUGUGUAUCUUAAGAAUUACUUUGAUGUACAAUAUUUUGGGGAAAUUGGUAUUGGUUCACCACCACAGUACUUCAAUGUUGUUUUUGACACUGGUAGCUCCAAUCUCUGGGUUCCUUCUUCCAAAUGCAUAUUCUCAAUUGCUUGCUAUUUUCAUUCCAAAUAUAGGUCAAAGAUAUCUAGCACAUAUAAAGAAAUUGGAAUACCUUGUGAGAUUUCUUAUGAUCAAGGAUACAUUUAUGGAUUCUUCAGCCAAGACAAUGUAAAAGUUGGGGAUAUCAUAAUCAAGGAUCAAGAAUUUUCGGAGAUUACAAGGGAAGGAAAUUUUGCACUUUCAGCUCUUCCAUUUGACGGUAUACUUGGUCUUGGAUUUCAGGAUAUUUCAGUCGGAAGAGUCACACCAGUGUGGUAUAAUAUGAUUGAACAAGAACAAGUAUUGGACAAAGUUUUCUCUCUUUGGCUAAAUAAAGAUCCAUCGGCGCAGAUCGGGGGUGAGAUUAUCUUUGGUGGUAUGGACAAGAGACAUUUUAAUGGUGACCACACUUACUUUCCAAUUUCUCAAAAGGGUUAUUGGCAGAUUGAAGUGGGAGAUAUUCUACUUGCAAAUGAUACAACAGGUUUAUGCGAUGGUGGAUGUGCUGCAAUAGUGGACUCAGGAACAUCUUUAAUUGCUGGUCCAACUGGUGUUGUGACUCAAAUUAACCGUGCCAUUGGAACAGAAGGAUAUGUUAGUUUUGAGUGUAAAAACGUUGUCCAUAACUACGGGAAUUUGAUAUGGGAAUCCUUGAUUUCAGGAUUAAAUCCUGAAAUCGUAUGUGUGGACAUUGGACUCUGUUCAAAUAAUGAACUUCAAAGUUCGAACAAUGUUAUCGAAACAGUGGUGCAUAACGAAAGUAGCUAUGGAUCGCAAACUAAGGAGAGCCUCUUUUGUAGUUUUUGCAAUAUGAUUGUCCUUUGGAUUCAAGUUCAGAUUAAGCAAAGCAACGUAAAGGAAAAAGUAUUAAAACACGUGGACGAGCUAUGCGAGAGGCUCCCGAAUCCGGUUGGACAAUCAUUUAUAAACUGCAGCAGUGUCUCAGCUAUGCCACACAUUACAUUCACAAUAGGAAGCAAAUUAUUUCCUCUCUCUCCAGAGCAGUAUAUUCUAAAAGUUGAUGAUGAUAAACAUUGCUCUCCUGUGUGCUAUAGUGGUUUUGUUGCACUAGAUGUUCCUUCCCCACAGGGUCCCCUCUGGGUUUUUGGAGACGUUUUCUUGCAGGCAUAUCACACAGUGUUUGAUUAUGGUAAUCUCCGUAUAGGAUUUGCAGAAUCUGUAUAG